CAGUGGGUGGAGCCAGUUGCCCUCAUUAGAAUAAAGGUAAACAGAUUCAACCCAAUUAUAAGUGGAAAAAAAAAAAUGUGCCCUCAGUCACUGAGGGCUGCAGAGGGUGGCGGCUGUCUGGAGAGCUCAGGUGCAGCAAAAGGAAGUGUUAGAGCAUGAGUGUCAAGUGCAAGACCAUAGGGGUCAUCGGAGCUCCCUUCUCAAAGGGACAGCCACGAGGAGGAGUGGAAGAAGGCCCUGCAGCACUGAGAAAGGCUGGUCUGCUUGAGAAACUUAAAGAACAAGAGUGUGAUGUGAAAGAUUAUGGGGAUCUGCCCUUGGUUGACGUUCCUAAUGACAGUCCCUUUCAAAUUGUGAAGAAUCCAAGGUCUGUGGGGAAAGCGAACGAGCAGCUGGCCAGCGCGGUGGCGGAAGUCAAGAAGAAUGGGAGAGUCAGCCUGGUGCUGGGCGGAGACCACAGUUUGGCGAUUGGAAGCAUCUCUGGCCAUGCCAGGGUCCAUCCUGAUCUCGGUGUCAUUUGGGUGGAUGCUCACACUGACAUCAACACUCCGCUGACAACCACAAGUGGGAAUUUGCAUGGACAGCCUGUAUCUUUCCUCCUGAAGGAACUAAAAGGAAAGAUACCUGAUGUACCAGGAUUCUCCUGGGUGACUCCCUGCGUAUCUGCCAAGGAUAUUGUGUAUAUUGGCUUGAGAGACGUGGACCCUGGAGAACACUACAUUUUGAAAACGCUGGGUAUUAAAUACUUUUCAAUGACUGAAGUGGAUAAACUGGGAAUUGGCAAAGUGAUGGAAGAAACACUCAGUUAUCUACUAGGAAGAAAGAAAAGGCCAAUUCAUCUGAGUUUUGAUGUCGAUGGACUGGACCCGUUUUUCACACCUGCUACGGGCACACCAGUCAUGGGGGGUCUGUCUUAUAGAGAAGGUAUCUACAUCACAGAAGAAAUUUACAAAACAGGACUACUCUCAGGAUUAGAUAUAAUGGAAGUGAACCCAUCUCUGGGGAAGACACCAGAUGAAGUAACUCGAACCGUGAACACAGCAGUAGCAGUAACCUUGGCUUGUUUUGGAGUCGCUCGGGAGGGUAAUCAUAAGCCGAUUGACUACCUUAACCCACCUAAGUAAAUGUGGAAACAUCAUCUGAAAAUCUCACAGCUAAAGAACAGUUAGCAAGUUCAAUAAUUUAGCUAAGCCUGCAAUUUUCCUCCCAAACAUUUGUUCUCAGAAAAAUGUUUUUCCAAUGAGGAUAAACGCUAUGAAGUCCCUCUUGGUAUGAAAUUCAAGAUUUGGAAAUUAUAACUUUUGUGAAAUUAAAAAGCUCCUAUUUUCCAAUUUGGCAAAAGAUCCUCAGAAA